AUGGCCAAUGACCAUAUUUUCUUCCUCCUACUAUCUCUACAUGCAAUAGCUGCUUCUGCACAAUCAUUGUUCCUAAGCUUAGAUUGUGGUAGCAGUAGCAGCAGUGUUUACACCGACGCGAUUGGUAUCACCUGGACAGGUGACGAUUCCUACAUCAACACAGGUGAGAACAAAGUGGUGCAAACGCCUAAUUCUGUCUCUGAAGUGAUGAACACUCUUAGGGUAUUCUCAACUCGGAAGAAGAAUUGUUACUCAAUCCCCUUCACCAAGGGAACAAAAGCUCUUGUUCGUGCAAGCUUUUACUAUGGCAACUAUGACAAGAAGUCAUCUCCCCCUACCUUUGCUAUACUAUUGGAUGGAAACCGUUGGGCAACCGUGAAAACUUCCAUCGGUAUUGAUUUGCAUUAUGUUGAAGCCGUAUUUGUUGAAAGGAGUGAUUCCAUAAGCGUUUGCUUAGCUCAAACACACCCCAAUCAGCUUCCCUUCAUAUCAUCACUUGAAGUCAGGACUUUGGAAUCUACACUGUACCCAGAUGACCUAUAUGAUCGAAUUUGGUUUCCAGCAAGAAGAGACAAUAGAUUAAUGACUGUUUCAAUGGAACAAUUGAGUUUAUUACAAACCCAAUUCUCUGUGCUGGCUGGAUGGAGUGGUGAUCCUUGCCUCCCAUCACCAUAUACCUGGGACUGGAUUGCUUACACCUCUGAUGCCACGCCUCGCAUUACAGCACUGUAUCUCAGUGGCUAUGGGCUCUCUGGAACACUUCCGGAUUUUAGCUCCAUGGUUGCUCUUCAAACCAUGUGA